GUGGCUCGGGCGAGCAUGAAGGCAGCGGCGGCGGCGGGCGGGAGCGGGGCCCCGUCGGGGCGCGGCGGGGCCGUCGGGGGCCGUCGGGCGCGGGCGCUGCUGGCCGUGGGGCUCAACCUGCUGGCGCUGCUUUUUUCGGCCACGGCCUUCGGCACGACGCACUGGUGCGAAGGGACGCAGCGGGUGCCCAAGCCCACCUGCGGGCCCCACAAGCGCACCAACUGCCUCGACUACGGCUACGAAGCCGCCGCCAACGAGACGGCGCGCAACGGCUCCUCGCCGCCCGCCUCCAACGUGGUGCACUACAGCUGGGAGACGGGCGACGACCGCUUCCUCUUCAGGUACUUCCACGCCGGCAUCUGGUACUCGUGCGAGGAGAACAUCAACACGCCCGGUGAGAAAUGCCGGAGUUUCAUUGACCUUGCUCCAGCUUCCGAGAAAGGAGUCUUGUGGCUGUCGGUGGUGUCAGAAGUGCUCUACAUCGCUUUGCUGGUCAUCGGUUUCAGCCUCAUGUGCCUUGAGCUCAUCCACUCCAACAACGUGAUUGACGGGCUCAAACUCAAUGCUUUUGCUGCCGUCUUCACGGUGCUCUCAGGGCUCUUGGGAAUGGUGGCUCACAUGAUGUACACCCAGGUGUUCCAGGUGACAGUCAGCCUCGGCCCGGAAGACUGGAGGCCGCACUCGUGGGACUACGGCUGGUCCUUCUGCCUGGCCUGGGGCUCCUUCACCUGCUGCAUGGCUGCCUCUGUCACCACCCUGAACUCCUACACCAAGACCGUCAUUGAGUUCCGCCACAAGCGCAAAGUCUUUGAGCAGGGCUUCCCCGAAGAGGCCACCUACGCGGACCACGAGCCCAUCACCUACUUCCAUGGAAGGGCUGCACAACACUCAGCUGUGAAGCCGCAGCGAAAUGCCAGGAGCCACGAUGGGCAGAGGAGCGUCUCGCAGGCCCCGUCCAGCUCUCCCACCAGCACCACCAAUUCUUCCCCGCUUUCGUCGGAGCCCAGCAGCCGCCUCGCCUCCCCUGAAGCCAGGCAUCUGGAUGUGGCCCCAGCCGCCGCUCAAGGGACUGCUGAGCACGGCCGCCUGAAUCCAAGUGCACAGGCCGGGGUGUCGGCAGCAGGACCUGGGCCUGUGGCCCCUCACCAACCCUCAAGGCUGGCAUCCCACCCAGCCCCCCCGAGGCCCAACCUGGUGCCAGAGAACAUGAUGCGCAGAGCCCUGCUGCCUCGCCAUGGCAAUCCUCCUGUGAGCCGAGAGUUCCUGGCCGCGGCAUCAGGAAACCAGCUGGCAAGGCAGAUGCGUGCCCAGCCUCUUGGGCAUGUGAAGCUGGCAGAAGAGGACGUGAGAGCAGCUCAGGAAGAGGAGGACUUGAAGAGCAGAGGCCUGGUGACCCGUCAGGAGCUGCUGGCGGUGGAGCAAGAGCUGCAGGAGGUCCGGGAAGAGCUGAAGUGCCUGCGCUGGAAGGUCCGGCACAUCGGGGAGACGGUGCAGCCGCUGGCCGAGGAGAGCAAGCGCUACAAUGGCUACACCCUGACGGAGCUGAAGGCCCUGGUCCAGUCCGAAAAGGACCCCUGCAAAGCCGCCCACAAGAUCCUGGCGCUGCUCUUCAGCGACGUCUACCUGCUGCAGCACUUGGCGGCGGCCGACCAGGCCUGCAACUCCAGGACCCUCCCCAGACCCCAAAUGGACCCGGAGCUCUACACGGUCUACUGCGACAUCCUGCAGAGCAUCUUCCCCGGGAUGAGCAGCCAGGCCCUGCGGGAGAGGACGCAGCUGGGCAUGUAGGAAGGCCCAAGCCCCCUGGGGACAGAGGGCGCCCAGCCAAGGGCCAGCAGGCCGGGGGGUGACUCUGGCCCCAUCCUCGGCCCUUUCCCACCCACGGUCCCUGCCACCGCUAGAGGCCUGGGGAGAAGCAGGUGGACCUGGCUUGGGACAACCCUGAGUCUGCAGAACACAGCAUAUAUUUAUUCAUAGCUUUUUUAAAAAAGAAGACGACAGAUAUGUAUUAAAUAUUGCUGGUUUUGUUUUU